UCACAGUGCUUUACUCUCACGAGCUCGCGGUGCUCCGGUGUGACCAGGAUGGAGCCCGAGCCGCGAGCGCGUUAUGAGCCUCCGGAAUAAAAGCUCUCGGGAUCCCGCGGGUGGAAAAUAUACAGAUUCAUUUUCUUUGUAUGAGAAAAUAAACUUGUGAACUUCCGGUGGGAUUUUUUAUACUUCAGGCACGCGCUGGUGUGUAAAGUCACUAAUCUUAUCACUAACAUGCCGUUCGCCAAGAGGACGGUGGAGCCACAGCGGCUGUGCAGGAGCGCGUCUCCGCCCGCUCUAACGGAGGACCUGCGCGCGCUCAGUAACGCCGCUCUGUCCCGCACCGUGCGCCAGCUGUCGGACGUCGCGCGGCACGCGGACUCGCUGUUUCACGAGCUGGAGCGCGAGCUGGCGUCCACUGACCGGCGGCUGCGGGACCUGCGGGAGAAAGUGCGGCGUGUGGAGAGGAGCACCGGGGAGCUGGACCACAGACAGGAGGCAGUGCCUGUAUCGAGUCUGGAUGUUGAGAGUAAACUCAGUGAACAUUUCCAGUCUGUUUGGCAGCUGCAGAGAAACGCCUUCGUCCCCUCGAGUCGGCCGCCGUGUGUCGAGGAGCUUCACCACAACGCCAAACAGAGCCUGAGAGCUUUACACCGAGAUCAGCAGCAGAGACAGGAUGUCAGUGAACGAGAGCGGAGGGUAACCCUCUUGAUAGCCCCGCCCACACCCACUUCUCCCUCCCACCACAAACUCCAUACGUUUGAAAGUCUUCGAUCCUCUUCCCCUACUGAAUGUUGCCACUUCUCUCGAUGGAGCAGACAGGUGGACUCCGAUCCUGAUUACGUGUCUUUAGGUCACAGAUCUAAGUUCCCGAUUCCCAACAUUCCCUCCCCGCUGGACACUCAGACCAACUGGAGUGUCACUCUGCCGCUACCGACUCCUGAAGACAGAAUGAAGAGCCAAUCACAGGCCAUCGUGUCCUGCGUGGUGCCCAUUGACGUCACAGGGGCCGGGUUCGACAGAGACGCCAGUGUUCGCUGCUCGCUAGUCUACUCACAGUCAGUGCUACAGAGGAGACGGAAACUAAGAAGAAGGAAAACGAUCACGGGCAUUCCCAGACCAGUGUGUCAAGACUUAGACUCUGAUGAGUCUGCCGUGGCUAGCGAGCAGACUGUCCUAGUGCACUCCAGCCCUGAAACUUGUCAGAAGGACCUCACACUCACUUGUCUCAACACCAGAGACUCUGGCUGCCAGACGGAAGACUUCCUGAUUGCUGUUGUGGCACCAUCUCGCAGACGGAUCAGAGCUCAGAGGGGUCAGAGUGCGACUUUUCCACUUUCCCAUUCCACAGGAAACAUACCGUCCCUGCCAGACAGUUCAGAUACCAUGUUCGCCAACUCCAUCAGCUCCCAUUUGCGCUCACAAAGCCUUCCUCGAGAAGGCACACGAUUAUUUGACAAAGUCCAAAUUCUUAGUGAUAAUGAUGAAGAAGAAGACAGAGAUCUUUCAUCAUUCGAAGGAGAAAAAUUCCUUCUAGUACCAGGAGAGGACAUGCUAAAAGAUGAAGAGAGCACCGAUGACCAGGUACAGAUAGAGUCACAGCUAGGAAGCUUUAACCAGCAUCCUGAGAGCCCAGAGCAUGUGUGGAUGCAGAGAGGUAGGUCCUGUCUGCCUUGUAAAACUGAUGAGAUGUCGUCGAGCUCUGACACAUUCAGCAGCCCUAUUCACUCCAAUGCUGGAGUUCUAGCCAGCCAGCUGGACCACAGGGAGGACCACCAGUCUUCCAGUGGAAACUGGAGUGGCAGCAGUUCCACAUGCCCUUCACAGACAUCAGAGACGAUUCCUCCCGCUGCCUCACCACCACUAACACACUGUGACUCAGAACUGUCUCUAAACACAGCUCUUAACAUCACCGAAGAGUCUCCUGAGCCAUACUCUGGAGGCAGCCUGCAAGGUAUAGGGGGUCACCAAACAGGAUCAUUUGCUUCCACUGUAACUGAAAUGCUUGAUGAUGCUGGAGUUAGCAAAGCAAAUGAAGCUGACUGGAGUUAUCCUCAACAUAAAGACAACAGGUCCUGUCUCAACUUCGGCCUUGAACACUCUAGGGAUGGGGAGUCCUGCCUUGAGUGCCCCAGUUUUGUUAGCAUAGCCACAAUUGAUAGCUUAGAUAAGCCUCCGUCUGACAAGGCUGACACGACAUCAUACUUCUCUGUGGAUGCCGAGGGCUACUAUACCUCCAUGCACUUUGACUGCGGUCUUAAAGGUAGUAAAAGUUUCACAUACAACUAUGCAUCUGAUGACCAGCAAAAGGAAGAGUACAAAGGUCAUGAAUCAAACAGAAGACGCAGUCAUUCUCUAAGGAAGCCAAAAGUGAAGCCGUCACCUCCAGAACGCUGCUCGUCAUUAAAAAAAAUUAGCAGUCAUGAUGGAUUAACUCCUGAAACGAGUAAACCAAAGAUGAUGAAUGAGCAGAACUUACCAGUGUCUUCCAAUGACAGGGAUUUUCCAUUGGCAGCAAGUGACCCCUCUGACCAGCCAGAGGGUGAGCAGUUGUUGGAGGCCUCGGAUGGGCAAAUUUCUAAUCAGAUUCCAGAUGUGGCUUUGCUUGGCUCCACAGACAAACAGUCCUUAAACAACAAUGUAUUUGUGCAGUCUGACUAUGCAGAUCCCUGGCUUGUGAAUGCCUUAAAGUCCAAUGAUACUUAUGCAUCUUUGUCAAAUUCCAGCACUGCUACCGGGACCACAGUCAUUGAAUGCAGGAGGUCACAAGAGAGCUUAGAGUCACAGUCUGGCUCAAGGGCAACCACUCCGUCACUGCCACCUGGGGAAUCCGAAUUUAAACUGCCCUCCCCAGAGAAGCUGGUAAGUCUAGCCUCCCCUUCCAGUGGCUAUUCAAGCCAGUCUGAAACACCAACAUCUUCAUCUGCUUUUUUUCCAAACCCUAAUCCUUUGUCCCCCACUGGUGGAAAAAGAAAACCAAAAGUCCCAGAGAGAAAGUCCUCCCUCACUUCGCUGCAGAAGCGCACAUCCAAAAAGGACCUUGAGCUACCCAUUAUACCCCCUACUCACCUCAACCUAAGUGCCUUUCACAAUGGCAAGAAGCCUUUUUCCCCAAGAAACCACAUCCAUGUCCUUAACAACAACAAAUACAAAGUGGCUGUGGCUGAAAAUGUUGAACCUGGAAACACCAGUCCUUUGGAAAUCACCCCGAUGAUGCUUCAUUCUGUCCAGCUACGUUCAGUUAGCAAACCUGAUGAAGAAAACCACAAUCUGCUUUGCACAGAUGCUUCCACUAGACCCAAGAAACCCACCAUAAGCAAACUCAAUGAGACCAGGAAGCCUCCACCUUAUAGACCUCUCACCAGUGAAUUCCUGUCUCAAGAUAACUGUGAACCAGUGUUUACUCCUACAGAUGAUCAGGAGCUUGCGUGUCGACCGAGGAUUUCCUUUACAAGAAACAGAUUUGACAGGAUAGCUCCGACACCUCUUUGGAGCAUGAACACUUUCAGUUCAUCUUCUGAACAAGUGAGCAGAGAUAAUAUGAUGGCAGACAUAUCAAAGGGUCAAAAGUUACCUGCUGAACCAGAUGAACCUUUCCCUCAGGUCAGGAUGGGAACAGAGAAGGACCAGGACGUGACUCUUGAGGCAACAGAAGAAAACCCCAAAACCGAAUCACCACCUGAUCAUGAUGUUAGAAUCCCUACAAGAUCUGAGAAAUAUGAUCAAGUGCCUGACUUAAUCCUUCACUCAUCUCAAGAUUCAUCAGAAAUUGAUCCAAUUAGCAAUAACAGCAAUCACAGAGAGGAAUCAGUAUCAUCAGGUGGUGUAACCAGAAGUGCCUCACAGGAAACCAUAGGAGAAGUGUCUACACCCGAUACAGAGGAUUACUUCAGCAAAGAAUCAACAACUAGUGAUCCAGUAGCGUCGCCUUUAACUGAUGAAUCAACAACUGAGGAUGACGGUGUUUUCCUUUCCCCUAGUAAAGCUCGUACAACCGAGGAUCUCUUUGCCAUGAUCCACAGGUCAAAAAGGAAAGUCCUUGGCCGAAAGGACUCAAAAGGAGAUUCGGCCGUUCGGACUUCCUCGGGUGCUUCUCCUGCCACGUCCCCGAGUGCGCCAGUUACACCAACAAGCUCCCUACGAGCACCGAGCCAAAUAUACAGGAGUGUCAAAAAGUCGAACACUUCCAAUGAGGAAUUCAAACAGCUUCUUCUUAAAAGAGGAAGUCGGUCCGAUUCCAGCUAUCGCAUAUCAGCUACUGAGAUCCUAAAAAGUCCCAUUGCAUCAAGAACAUUCAGUGACACCGUGUCAGAAGAUACAAAGCAUCCUGAAGGUUUCCCUUCACCAUUCCAGCUGCACUCUCCGGAGAAAUCAGCGGAGGUUCUUCAUAGCCCCUACCCGAAAGCCAACGUGGAGGGGUUCUCCACAAAGGUUUUUAGUUCUUCCAGACCAGGUCGUUCAAGGUUACCACCAGCCUCAAACAGCAGUCGUUACAGCACACGCAGUCGACUGUUCACAACACCCAUGCAGGCGAUUUCUGAAGGGGAAACGGAAAAUUCGGACGGAAGUCCACAUGAUGACCGUUCCUCUUAAACAAAGAAUGCGUCUUCUACCAGUGUUUAUAUAAAAAAACACAAAAUCAAAAUUUCUAAAGCUGUUUGUUUUGUUGCUUGUUUGUUUUUUUUAAAGAUUGAUUAAGUGGAUUUAGACUUAAGAUUUGCUGCCCUUUUGUAGCCCAUUUGAAAAAAAAGUUUACAACUCAUGAAAUCGUCAACAUAAUACUGUAUGUAGCGGACUUUUGUUGUACUAUUAGCAUUAUGCAGAAAAGCUCAUUUUAAAAAUGUUAUUAUUGCGUUUUAUAUGGGCAAUAACUGUGAAAUAAAUAUAAAAAUGUCCAUGAUUGAGAAACAUAGGACAAUCAGAUAGUGGCCUUUUACACUGUUGUAGCAAUGAGUUGAUUUUCCGAACAAAUAUUUUAUAGCACGUGUCAGAAGAUCGAUCUGAAUUCAGCUUGAAAUGACCCUCAUUCGGCGGAAUCGUUCCGCAGGUUAAUUCUUGCUUUAUAUUUGCACUUCUCACAAAUGGUCAUAUUAAGUAAAAUAAAAUAUGCCAAAAUAUCUUAAGUAAUGAUAUGGGAUUAAUCCCUUUUAGAAUUUUUUCAGUGGUAAGAAAAAUAUCAUGUGAUUGUUUGUAUAUUAGAUGAGAGCGUCUGCUCAGUGUGAAAAUCUUCAACACCUUUGACCUUUAGAGAAACGAAAGGAAAAAACAAGCUGAGGUGUAACGAGGUUUAACUUAAGUGCAGAAGGUUUUAGUUUAAGUCGGGCUUUAAAGGAUCGUGCUGAGAUCGUGGUGUGUGUCGGAAAAGCAGGCAAAUGUGAUGUCGGUGGAAGAAAGAAGGGAUUCGAAAUGUUAACGAAAAAAAAAAAGCAUUAAAAAAAGCUAGUAUAAUGUAACGAAAGGAGAAGUGCAGUGGUGUGUGUGAGAGAAGGAACAGGUUAGUGUGUGUUACUGUAAGUGUUUAGAAAUGUUUAUGUAAUGAAGAUUACUAAGAUUUAGAGUUUUGUUCAUGAGAGACUGGAUUUGGUAUUUCUCAUAAACAGAAAUAACAAUUUAUUUUUAUUAUUUACUUUUGGUACUAAGGGACGAAUCGUCUGAAAAGAUCCUGUGAUGUGAUGUAGGAAAGAUUUAAGACAUUUUAUUUAUGAACUUGUCGAACGUUACGUUUUUGUCCUGAGAUGAUUAAGCUCUAGUAAAGAAACACAACACUGGUCCGAAAGACACCUUUAACCACUUUAAUGUAGCAAUGAUAAGCUAACAUGUUCAUGCUAACGUGUCCUUUUAGCUGCCGAGUCCCGAUAGGUGGAGCUCCGUAACCGUCCAUAAAUAUUUCAUUUCAAUAAGUUACUCGUGCUCUGUUUUGUUUUUCAUUUUAUAAAGUAUAAUUCAACAUCUUGUUUAGACUCAAAGCUGUUACACCACACCGCUGGAGCUCUGGAUUGUGAUUGGUCGGAAUUCAGUUGUUGAUUAAUUGUCUAUAACAGCAGCUCUGACAAUAGUGCAGCCACAAACUGCAGGUUUAUUUUAUUUAACACACUUGUUCAGAUUUGUUAUCGUUUCUAUAGUAACAGCUCACUCACGAUUACGAUCUACAUCCACAGCUAAAAAAUCACAUGUCUUUGUGUGGUGAAGGAGUCUCCAGUGUGAGCACUGUGUAACAGACAGAGAUGAAGCUGGAGCUGGAAGUUCAGGACGUUUUGUGGUUUCUUGGUAACGUGAGACGCUGAGACGCUGGUGAGGGGACGGCUGUUUAUUGGCUGCUCUAGUUUCAAAGACAUUUUGUGUAAAUAUAAACAGAUAAUAACACAAAGUGUUGUAGCCUUAAUUAACAUCCUGUAUAUCGUCGCUGUCAGACGGAAUCCUCGUAUCUCCAAAACCGUUAUUUUUCAGGAAAUUAAAAAAAACGCCGUACCUUAUCUGCAGUGCACAGGGUUUAGUCCGCGUUGCAGUGGAUUGUCUUGUGCUAAAUUCCUGUCCUCAGACGAGCACCAGAACUAGCGGGGGUCAAGAUUUUUUUUUCUUUGAGCCCAGUGUUUUGAAGACAUUUACCUCAGAAGACGUGUUGAUUCGUUGCGACUCUUCUUGAGGAGAAAUAUGACGUGAAGCUCUCCCGCGGAGUGAGGAAGAGGUGGACAGUUGAAGUGUCCAAUGGAGUUAUGAGAUUUGUGCUCAAGCUAUUUUCAAGACUUUAGAUUGGUUAAUAACUUGUAAAAAUAACAGACCCACGUGGGGACUGACCAAUAGCAUCGAUAUGUGAAAAAAUAUGAAACUGACCAAAUUUGGACAUACGAGGUUUCCGCCUGACAGCGACGAUAUGCAGUAGGAAGCUGUUUGCUGUUUAGCUGGAAAAAAUGAAAUGGUGGAAAUUUGCAAAGCAAAGCAAAUAAUUACGGUUUACAGUCGCUUUAAACUGAAAAGGCAAAAACGCAGAGAAAAAAUAUUCAAUCCAGCAACUUAGACUGUGUUAUUGCACUGAUGCAGACGACUACAUGAAGUUUUGUCUUUUGCUGUAGUAAAA